UUGGGUACGUGUAUUACAACGGCAAGAGUGCCAGCGCCAACAACAGACUCAUUGGACCCGUCAGCUCCUCUGUUUCACCAAGCAUAAUAACCUUAACAACAAAGCAGAGUAAGCCAAGUGCCUCUGUGUGACACCACCAGCUACUGCACAAGAUAACCAAGUUAGCCUAGAGCCCUGUCUUCCCUUGAGAAGCUGGGAACUGAAGGAGCUAUUGUGAGAUCUGUGCUGCUAGUAAGUGACUGGUAAAAUUGUAGAUUGGACUGGCCCCUGAGUUCAGAGACUUGAGUUAUAAUUGAGUGAAAAAUAGACAACGAAAUCUUGAAGAAUUGCACUGACAUGCAAGCCAAAUUUAACACUCUUCAAGUAAUGUUGGUUGAACUGAGAAGUUGCUAAACGAAACCUGGAACAGGAUUGAUUAUUUCACUUUCUCUCUUUGCCAUUGUUGCUUCUUUCUGUUACAUUCCUUGCUCUUUGUGUUGUCUUUCUAAGCCCAAAUGUUCUCCGAUAAUUCACAUUGCCCUGAUUGUGGGCAACAGUGGUUCCCUAGUUUAGAGCUAGGGCAUUGGUUAUACCAAACUGAACUUGUCGAAAAUGAGUGUUACCAAGUAUUCUUAGACCGCAUUAACAGAGCUGAUUAUUGCCCUGAAUGUUAUCCUGAUAAUCCUGCUAAUAGAAGCGUUGUUCUGCCUUGGUCUUUCCCACUUGAGUGGGCACCUCAAAAUCUCACCAGGUGGACCUUUGAAAAAGCUUGCCAUCCAUUUCUUCUAGGUCCUCCCCUGGUUAGAAAAAGGAUACAUGACUCCAGAGUAGCUGGUUUUAAUCCUGCAUUGCAAUUAAUCUUGACCAGAACAGAUAAAACCUUAAACAAAAAACUUGGCCAAAGCAAGUAACUUCUGUAAUAGUCAAAAUCAUGGAGGCUUUAGAGAGUUUUGUGCUAAUAGCCCAGGGAAAAUGAAUAAUCACUCAUUUCUGUUCUCUCUUUCCCAUUAUUUUUCUUCUUUUUUUUUUCUUUUUCUUUUUUUGGUAAGGUGCUGGGAAUUGAAGCUGGGGUCCCUUGUGCAUGCUAGGCAACUCUGCCACUGACUGAACUAAACCCCAGGCCCUCCAUUUCUAAAUCGGAUCCUCCAGACUAUCAUUUUGUGAACUUCUUAAAUUGUUGGGUAUGCUUCUGUGUCUAUGCAUAUUUUGUUCAGCAUAAAUAUAGUCAGUAUUCCAGCCAGACUAUUUAUCUAGAAUCAGACUAUAUAAUUCCUAUAAAUGUUUUAGAACUUGCUGACCCCUCCUGAAAAGUGCCACAGCCUAAGUAUUGACAUAUGAUAAUGUGGUCCUGGAGGGGAGGCCCCAUGCUGUAUGCCCCAUCAACUGUUUUUCUAGCAGUAGCUUUUGUGAGAAAGCAUCCUUGUAGCUGGAUUCUAGAUUAUUCUAAUAAAUUUUAAUAUACUACAUUGUUCUAAAUUUCUCCUUAUACAUUAACCAGUGAUUAUGAGA